CCACCUCUCGCGCCUUUUUCUCUUCCCGGCCCCAAUUCCAACAGGUCAAAGUCAAACCCACUCCCUCCCUUGGAGAACCAACCCACCGCACCCACUCUCGCUGCCGGCGAUGCCUCCUAAGCGCAAGUCCCCGGCGGCCACCGCGGCGGUCGGGUCACCGAGGAAGACACGGAGCAUGGCCGUCGGUAAGCAGCGCGCCGAGGCUCCGGCCAAGGCGGCCAAAAAGGAAGCGGCGGCGGCGGCGGCACCACCCGAGCAGAAGGGGAGGAAGAGGGCCAAGAAAGAAGAUGCACAAGUGGCGGCUGCGGCGGAGAAGGAUUCCGGCGCUGUGGUCAGCGACGGGAAGCGCAUCGUUGUGGAGGCAUGCACUCAAUGCAGACAGUUCAAGAUUAGAGCUGCGAAGGUAAAGGAGGAUCUGGAAAGUUCUGUUCCUGGGGUAUCCGUGGUAAUCAACCCUGAAAAGCCACGACGUGGUUGCUUGGAGAUUCGUGAGGAAGGUGGUGAAGUGUUCAUAUCGCUGCUGAACAUGCCACGACCUUUCACAGAAAUGAAGAAACUUGACAUGGAUGAGGUCAUCAAGGACAUAGCAAACAAAAUCUCCUGAAUCCAACCAGCAACUAAUAGGGUGAAAAUCUUUAGGUGGCUUACAACUAGUAGUAAGCCUCCAAACCCACCUUUCUGUUGGAGCUUCAUCUUGAACUGUUAUUGAAUGGCAGUCCGUGUUGCAUGCCCAUGGUGUGUUGAUUCAGUGGCCCUUUCUGUGCUCGAUGUAUCUAUAGACAUGCCGAAUUAAUCGCAGUAGUAACAAUGGAAAAGAACUGGUACCUGAUGCGCCCCUGUGUUAACCUGCAUACCACUCGUAAUCUCUAAGAUUCAAUUCA